AUGCCGCUUAGUUUGUUAUUGUCAUCUCGUUCAAAAACUGAUCAUGCUAAACAAUUAAAAGAAUUCUUUUCUAUAAUUGAAAAUGAACAAGAUAAAGAAAAGAAAAAUUACGAAGAAGCAAGGAAAAAUAUUCAUAAAGCAUUACUCGCCUUAAAAGAUGGUCUAUUUGGUGCACGUGAUAAUAAUAAUGAAUCAGCAAUUACUGAUAUUUCACAAUUAUGUAGUGGAAUUUAUUUACAAGAUCUUAUUAUAACAAUGAUAAAUAAUUUAGAUCGUGUUUCAUUUGAAGAUCGAAAAGAAAUAGUUGCAAUAUUUAAUAAUCUUUUACGACGACAAGUUGGAACAACAUUUCCAGCUGCUGAUCAUAUUAUUCAAAAACCUGAAAUCUUAUUUAAAUUAAUUGAAGGAUAUGAGAAUGCAGAUAUUGCACUUCAUUGUGGAAUGAUGUUACGUGAAUGUAUACGUAUUCAAGAAUUAGCAGAUAUUAUUUUAAGAUCAUUAGAAUUUUAUAAAUUUUUUGAUUAUGUGCAAAAGUCAACAUUCGAUAUUGCUAGCGAUGCUUUUGCUACUUUCAAAGUUCGUAUUCAACAAUUUGUUUUUGAUUUAUUAACAAAACAUAAAUCUUUAUGUGCAGAUUUUCUCGAACGAAACUAUGAUCAGUUUUUUACUAAAUAUCGUGAUUUACUCAAUUCAGAAAAUUAUGUUACACGUCGACAAUCUUUAAAAUUACUUGGUGAAUUAUUACUUGAUCGCUAUAAUUUUUCAGUAAUGACAAAAUAUAUAACAAAUCCAGAUAAUCUCAAACAACAAAUGAAUUUAUUAAAAGAAAAAAGUAAAAAUAUUCAGUUUGAAGCAUUUCAUGUUUUCAAGAUAUUUGUUGCGAAUCCAACUAAACCUAAAGCAAUUACUGAUAUACUUCUUCGUAAUAGAGAAAAAUUAAUCAAUUUUCUAACUAGUUUCCACCCAGAUCUAAUGAUUGGCCUCAUACUUCUAUGUGCAUUAAUUCAAAUAAGUGACACUCGACCCACAUUUGUUGAUGAUGAACAAGGUUCAAGUCAAGUUGCUAAUCCAUUCAUUAAUAAUUAUGCUGUUAUCAAUGGACGAUUGCAUGAUGAAAUUCCAUUGGAAGAUUUUUAUAAUUUUAAAAAUCUAUUCGAUUAUGAUAACGGUCAAUUGGCUAAACGUAUAAUUAUGUUACCUCGUGUUGGUCGUCGUUCAAUUCGAUCAACAUAA